GUAGAAGUUUUAGGUUUAGAUAAUGUUUAGAUUAUAUCUAUAUCUGUAACGAAUGUUUUUUUUCAGAGCAGUUUUGGUUGCUUAAUGUGAUGAUAAAUGAUUAGGGUAGCCACCCUAAUCAUUUAUCAUCACAUAAGCAACCAAAACUGCUCUGAAAAAAAACAUUCGUUACAGAUUAUAGAUAUAAAUACAGUUGACAUAUUUUGAUGUAAUCUAUUAUACGAGUCUACUAUAUCCCGUUAGGAUUACGAUACAACUUCUUGUAUAAAUACUCUCUUUGGUGAAUCAAUAUACAAACACUUAUCCAUUCUAUUUAAUGGUAUCAAGAGAAUGAAGACUCUCAAACCUAAAAUCUCUUCUUUGAAAUUCUCUUUGAUAAUUUGUUUUUCUCUACACCAAUUAUCGAUAAUAUCGAACAUGGAUAUUUUGUCUUUUGUUACAUCUAUUACCACUUCUCCCGCGAUGGAGAUCUCUUCUUUGGAUCCUCACGAUACACAACAUUUUUGAAACCAAUGAUUAAAUAAUUUAUAAUAAACACAUAUUUAGAAAUUUUAUUAUAAAGCAGAUAUAAACAUAAUCAUGUUCUAAAACAUAUUUUAAACAUUGUUAUAAUCUUUCAAUAAUCAAUACUAAUUAACUAGGUAUUUUUCCCACACUUGCGGACAUAAACGUCUUACGAAUACUUACUAUUUUUUAUUGGAAAAAUAAUAGUAUAGAUUAACAGAAGUUAAUUUUUUUAACCACAAAAUAUUUUGAUUUCUCUUAGUAUAAAUAAAAUACGGGGAAAAAAACAAGGUUUUUCAUAAUAUAGUUAGUUUUUGGUAGGCCUUAGAUUAAAACCAAACUUCCCAACCAAACCAAAAUUUUGGUUACGUCGUCCAGAAGUUUCGUUCGUUAUUGUAGGUUUUCUAAAAAACUUUGUUUCAUUUGAGUUUGGUUCGACAAUUGGUUACUUUAGUUUUCUUCUUAAAAUAAUUAUAACUAUACUAAACAUUUUCGAAUAACUAACCGAAUUUAUAUAUAAUUUUAAAAAAAAUUAUACAGAUAUCUAACUGUAAUAAAAAAUUUUGUAGGGUUUUUAAAACCGAACUAACCGAAUACUGUACCAAACUUUAUUUAUGGUUAAUUCGGUAUUAUGUAUGUUGAACCGAACUAACCGAAAACUGAACUGCCGGAACUGAAUAUUCUGAAUUAACCAAACCAACAUGCUAAGGUUUCGGUAUUGUUUUGAUAAAACCUGACCGAAGUACACACCUUUCAUAAAAACUACAAAAGAUGUAAAUGUUAAUUAAAACCUCUUUAGAAAUUUCUGACACUUGGAUGACCAAAGUUUGACCACAUGAAAUUGUUACCAUUUAGGAAAGUUUGACCACAUAAAACUGUUACCAAAACGAAACGGUUGAUGUUUACUAUAAGAAGGCCACCUCCCUUCUAUUCAGCACACACAUUACCUAGUUUUGUUUGAAGAAAACGGUUUUUCCUUUACAUCUAUAAAUAAAUUCUUCAUUACUUUAUUUAAAAUCUCCCAAAUUAUAUAAAUUUUACAUUAAAUUAUUUGAAUUCCAAAUAAUUAUUCUGUUUUCAACGAUCUUUUGUUUUUAUGCGGUUUUUGUUAAUAUUUCAGGGUUUUCUCCCCAACGAAAAUGAGUGAUUAUAGUCAAAACGACAAUGGUAUAAAACCGAUCAGCGAGACCUCUUCUCGAACCAGCUUAACAACUCCUCAGUCUGAACGAAGAUCUGGUGGUAUCGUUGAAAGAGUAUCUGCAAGGAUAGGAAGAGAUAUUCCACCACUGAAUAUGGAACACAUCAACCCGACUCUUGUUUGCUUUCUUGUUAGCGUAACAUCUCCAGGAUUCAGUAGUCUUUCUCCAUCUUUGCAAUCUCCAAAUAUGUUGACUGACUCUUCUUCACAGAUUUUUCCUCCGAGUCCAAUCCCGAAUGAUGCAACUCAGGAGAUGGUGGAAAGUUCAGGUGGCUCCCAUGCAACGAUGAUGAUAUCCAACAACAAUCUUCCUCAUCAGCCAAUGGACAUCGAUCUGUCUCCUCAAGGAUGUAAAAAAGGCACUGCUGAUAUUCCAACGGAAGAGUCUGUUGAUAUCACAUCUCAUGAAUCUAAUGCUGAUCCUAUUAGUGCUCCUUUACUCCCUUCUUUUGACUCUGAAGUUGUUUCUGAAAAGGAUGCUAUGAACCUCAUCUCCCUUAAAAGUGGUAGCGAAGAUGAUGACAAGGACAAAUAAUACAACCAAGAGGAAGACAAAGACAAAGAUCACAACAUUGUUGUAGAAUAAUAAUAAUAAUAAUAAUAAUAAUAAUAAUAAUAAUAAUAAUAAUAAUAAUUAUUAUUAAUUAUUAAUUAUUAAUUAAUUAUUAUUAUUAUAAUUAUAAUAAUAAUAAAUUUCAGAAUUGAUAUAUUGAAUAAUAAGUUUGACCUGAAUUACAUGAUGUACAAAAUCUUGUACUUAUCCCCGUCAUUAUGAUUCUAGUAUAGAUUUUGAACUUUUGGUUUAGAAAAAUUAUCAAUAUAAAAAGUUCGAUAAAUAUAAGAAAUUUAGACCUGAGAAAUGAGGAGAGAGUUACUCAAGAAGAAGGACAUCGCACCUGACUGCAACCUCCGGGUAGCUGGCUCUUCAAAGUUUCCUCUCAAACAUAUCCUAAGCUCUCUCGCAACCAAUUUAUCCCCUUUGAUCUUUGUCUUUUCUCUCAUAUCCUUACAAACUUCUUCAGUACAUGUUGUAAACACAACCUUGGAUCGAUUAUGUGCAUUAGGUAGCGGAAUUCCAGAUUUCACCGUAUAUAAAAUAAAUGAUAAACUGCUGUUACAAAUAAACCAUAUAAAUACUAAAUUUCUUGUAUGGAAAGUAACUGAUUUAGAACACUUACCAAGAUCAAAUUUCUCCCAAACAUCAUCAAGAAACAAAAUAAACCGUGUCUUAAUAUCUCAAUGAUCUUUGCAGCUUUCUCUCUUUUUUUGGUAGAAAAGAUAUAUAUAUAUAUAUAUAUUUUUUUUUUGGUAGAAAAUAUAUACAUAUAUAUAUAUAUAUUAAAUAAACUUUACAUCUUAAUUAAAUUCAUAUAAUAAAAUUUACCUCAUUUACAUAAUUCCCUCGCAGGGAAAAUAUCGUAUCAAACAUUACUGGAGUGAAAGACGAAACAAGACCCAAAGUGUCAUCAUUCAGAUUGAAAGCGAAGAAGGCCAUCCUGACGAUGGUUUUCGCUGGAGAAAAUAUGGUCAAAAGUUGUCACAAAGAAUGCAAAUCCAAGGUUAUAUAUUUCGUUCACUUCAAAAUUAGUCAGACAUUUUUGGAAAAAUAUUAUAUAUUUAUUUUGGUAAUCACAGGAGUUACUACAGAUGCACAUACACUGGGUGUAAGGUGACGAAGCAUGUGGAGAGAAGCGUAGACAAUGUGAAUUUAGUGGUGGCUAUGUACGAUGGGAUACAUGAGCACGUUCCACCACCUGAACGCAUAAGCAAAUCCAGUACAAAGAAUAAAUCCGGUUCGCAAUGUCUCAAGAUCCUAGCAUGCAAACCCUUGUGUUAGGUAUGCCGCCUUAUUCCUCUUCGGCCUCUCAGCUUUUCCCUUCUGCCUUGGCCCCACAACUGAAUGUGACAAGUUUACAGGUUGACAAGAAUCAUGGUGUUAUGAACCGGAAUGAUGAACCGAAUAUUGAUCCUGUGAUACCCGACGGUACAGAGGUAUCCGAGGGGAUAAGGGAGCGACUAUUUCGUAACUUUGGUAUCGAACUUUAGAUGGGAAAACAUUAACCAAAAGAUAAAAAAGAAAGAUGUAAACCCUUUAUAAUUAAUAAAUCCUUAUCUUAUAAUUACAAAUAAUAAUGACCAAAGAUAUACAAAAUCUUGUACUUAUCCAUUUCAUUAUGGUUUUAGUGCAUAUUACUCUUGAGUUGACCUAUUUAUUCUCCAAUUGUUACAGUGUUACUGUGUUAGGAUGGUUAAUCCAGAUAAUAAACUAUAUGUAUAUGUGAACUAUAUAAAUCAAACCGACAUCCAGUGAUACAGAAGAAAAACUAAACCCUGACUAUAAUCCAAUUAAACAGAUUGUUUACGCUCAUGCUCAUCCUCUUUUUAAGUGAGUAUCACUUUUACUCUUGCCAUUAUAUUAGCUUUUUGGAGCCAAGUUUCUCAUGAGAAAGUUGGAUUAAGAGUGUAGCAAACUUUAGAUUGUAGGUCAUAUUAAAUAAUGAGAAGUGUACAAGUGAGUAUAAAUAUAUACAAGUGUUUGAUCAUAUCUCUCCAGCAUUUGUUUGAGUAAAUUUCAGGAGUUUCUUUAUUGUUUUUACUAAUUUUUUUAAAGAGAGAGAAAGAAAAACGAAACAAAGCAUAUCCUAAGCAAACAAAUCUCUUUUAUUUAGGUAAUCUAAUCUCCAGGAUUAAAAGUUAGCUUUCUGAUUGUAAUAUAUUAAAGUGGUCUAAACAACAAAUGACCAGUCUUUGACUUGCUAUUACCCAUUGAAAUAACAAAGACCAGAAGGAUGAUAAACCAAAGGAGUCAAUUCCUAUCCAAAAAGACUCAACCCAUGGACGUUAUAACAAGUAUACCCAAUGCAGCUAUGAGAAGAUACUGCAAGAAGAAGAUUAAAAAAAUGACACAGAGUGUUCAUUGUGGAUUGGACAUAGAGUGAGAAAAGAGAAUGUAUUAACCUAGAUGAUAGGCUUUUCUGUCAUGAUUAUAGUCACCCAUCCAACAUAAGGCAAGAAGCUGAAGCAGGCACAAAGGUAAAACCAUUUAUGAGUAAUUACAGCUUUUGGUUUACUUUACACACUAUACACUUAUGUGAUUAAAGUAAAUUAAUUAUCCUACUGCACGACUCAUUACAUGAUGUCGAUGAAGCCAAAGCUGACCUUUAGCAUAGAGAAUUCUAUCAUGGUCAAGGUUAUUGUCACCUGUAAACAAUAUAAAUGAAAAUGUAAAUGGGCGUUGAAUGAUAACAAUAUGAUAAACAACUCACACUCAAUUCAAAUAAAUAAAACCAGAACCUUUGGUCAAAACAACGAUUUCUCCAGUACUUUCCCUUUCGUGAACCUGUAAUGUAAUGAACCCCCAAAGAAUCAGAAUCAUCUAGGUGCUACAAUCUAAGCACAGGGAGAUGAUAAUGAGGAGAUCUAUAGAAAAAGUUACCUUAAUGACACGAUGGACAAUUGGAAUAUCACGACCCUGAAAAGAGAAGCAUGAAUAAAAAUACAAAUGAGGUGAAAGGUUCAUGCAUAAGUAAGCAAAACAAAAAAUGAGAAAGGGAAACUUGCAUCAAUAUUGAAAACAACACUUUCGCCAGCUCGGAUGGGGUCAUUACUCAUGUGCAAGAACAAUAUAUCCCCCUACUAGGUAUCAUAUUCACUAUGAGUAAACAGGGGAUUCACUUCCAGUGACACAUCAAAGCUUUCCAUGUUAUCAAAGCACACGUCACAAUCAUCCCUACCAGACAAAAAAAUAACAUAUACCAAGAGAUUAGGGUGCCAAGUGGGUUUCUAAAUGGAGACGUUUAUAGUAUAAACUCAAAUAAAACCAUGCUAAAAUAUUUUAAACAUUGUUAUAAUUUUAAAAUAAUCAAAUUACAAAUAAUUGACUGAACUUAAUUAUUUUUAACCACAAACUAUUUUUAUUUGUUUUGGAAUAAAUACAAUACGGGAAAAGAAAAUCACAAUUUUGAAUAAUAUCGUUAGCUUUGGUAUUUUUUUGAUAAAACCGGAAUGAAAUAUACACCUUUCAUAAGAAACCAAAAAGAAGUAAAAGGUAAUUAAAACUUCUUUAAGAAUUGAGAAAAUUUGGAUUAAGAAAGUUUGACCACAUAAAAUUGUUACCAAAAUAAAAUGGUUGAAUUUUACUAUAAGAAGACCACCUCCCUUCUAUGCAACACAUACAAUACCUAGAUUCCUUUAAAGAAGGCUUUUCGUUUACAUCUAUAAAUAAAUUAUUCAUUACUAUCCAACUAUUUAAAAUCUCCCAGAUUAUAUCACCUUUACUGCUUUACAUUACAUUACUUUGUAUUCCAAAUAGUUUUUCAGUUUUCAACGAUCUUGUUUUUGUGUGGUUUUUGUUGACCUUUCAAGAUUUUCACCCCAAAAAAUGAAUGAUUAUGAUGGAAACUUUAUGGAUGAUUUGUCCCCACUGUCCAGUCCUCGCAUAAGAGAGGCAUUAGCAAUGCUGGAUCAAAACGAAAAUGGUCUAAAUCCGAUCAGCAAGGCGUUCCCUCAAACCAACGUAUCACCUGAUCCUCAGUCUGAACAAAGAUCUGGUGGUCUCCGCAACAGAAUGGUAGGAUUUGAUAUUCCAUCGCUCGAGAUAGAGAGCAUCAGUCCAUUUGCUAAUUCGUUCAGGAACCCGAUUCUUGUUCCCUCUCCUAUCCUCGUAAUAUCUCCAGGAUUCAGUCUCUCUCCAUUUUUACAAUCUCCAAAUAUGUUGUCUAACUCUUCUUCACAGGUAAGUAACAAUGUCUUUAAUAAGUCUAAGAUUGAUCUCUUACACGUGAUAUAUAUUAUUGUCUCCAAAAAUAAUAUUAAUAUAUGAUUAACCUAACUGUUUAUUGUCUUUGUGUAAUUUAUGUUUCCAGAUUAUCCCUCCGUGUCCAAUCCCUAAUGAUGCGCCUCCUGAGACGGUGGAAAGUUCUGGUGAUGCCCAUGCAACAAUGAUUAUAUCCAACAACAAUCUUCCUCAUCAGCCAAUCGACGUUGAUCUGCCUACACAAGGAGGCUCUGAUGAUAUUCCAAUGGAAAAAUCUGUUUAUAUCACAUCUCAUGAAUCUAAUGUUGAUCCCACUGGUCCUCCUUUAGUCCCUUCUUUUGAUUCUGAUGUUGUUGCUGAAGCUGAUUUUAUGAACACUAUCUCCCUUGAAAGUGGUAGCAAAGAUAAUGACAAGGACAGAGAAUACAACCAAGAGGAAGACAAAGUCAAAGAUCACAACGUUGUUAUAGAACCUCCAUCUCGAAAGAGAAAGUUCCAAGUCAACAUUGAGUAAUCAAUAUAUAAUA